GAAGAUCGUACAGGCAAAAUUCCAAACAAAGUGUCUAUCGUACAUGUAAGUCAAAUUUUGAGUGGACAAAGCCCGUUAAACCCUUCUUAUAAACACGGUCAAAAUCCCUUCGCUCGCUGGCUCGCUCUUCCAACGAACGGGGUAAAAUGGCAGUUCUAACAUGGACGCCAUCUCCAACGGCAGUGCCAAUGGCGGUCAGAGCUUCAUGGGACACCCAACAAAGACCCUCUUACAACCCCAACGCUCCACGAAAGCUGAAACCCAACCCCAACCCCAACCUUAAACCCUCACCCACCGUCACCCUCUCCACUCGAACCGACCCAUCGGUUUUCGACAUCCUCAAGCGUCCCACUCAAGAAGCAACGCCCGUAAAGGAAGAUUUUGAUGAUUCUUAUAUGGGAUACGAACGAUGGUUACCCAACCCACCAAAAGUAGAGAAGCCCCGAUCAGUUUUCAAUGCUGCAACAUUAGCUUAUAUUGGUGAUUGUAUUUAUGAGUUAUAUGCCCGUAGACAUUUUUUGUUUCCUCCGCUAAGUAUUGAAGAAUAUAAUGAUCGUGUGACAUCAGUAGUACGCUGUGAGGCACAAGAUGCAUUGCUCCAGGAACUUCUUAAUGAUAGCUUCUUAUCAAACAAUGAAAGGGAUGUUCUUCGAUGGGGAAAGAAUAUUAGUUCAACUAAGACACGGACCAAAAAGCGCACUGGUGCAGCAGUUUAUAAUAGAGCAUCUUCACUUGAGACGCUAAUUGGUUAUCUCUACCUUACAAAUGUGAAUCGCUUGGAAAAACUCAUGGCAAAGCUCGGAUUUUCCACUGGAGCAUCUACAGAAAUGAUAUUGAAGGAAGUAAAUGGUGCAAAACCAGUACAGUAGUUAAGGAUGGUAUUGAACACUUUUUGUUUCCUUUAAGCAGGCAGCUCAAGUCAACUACAGAAAUUAAGAACCGCCGCAUCAUUUAUUUCCCUCUAGGUAUUGGCCCUUGAAAAGGCUCUUGUAUAAUUUUCAAACAACAUAUUUGUAGGGUUUUGCCAUUUGCCUUUGUAUCUAGUAGUUGUUUGUAUCAAUUUUCACUUGCGAAAGUGAACAUGCAUAAAACCAAUCAUACAAAGAACCAUAUAAAAGCAUGAGACGUGAGUAAUUGUUUCUACAAAGGAGUGUUCAGAGUUUUCUGCCAUGUAAAACUGAAAAAGUUGGCACAAAUGGAUGCCGGGAAGCUCAUCCAAAACAGUUCUCAUGGCUCACCACUAUAUAUUUAGGCAGCCUAUGCUAAUAAUCCAUGUGUAACCCAACAUUAAAUUGUGCUAAU